AAAAGAGUUGUGAAGAGUUUUCUGCAAUUUGGGUAGAUGGCAUUCGAUCAAUUUCAAGCACAGCUAAAGGAUAUACACGGUCAAGGAUACCACAUUACAAUGUAGCGCUCAGAAGCUUUCCUAGUUGCCACAAUUCAUCGGAUUUUUUAAAUAAA